GGGGCCGGGCGUUGCGGCGGGGUCGGGCGCGAGGGAGGCGCGGCCGUUGCCUCCCGCCGCCACCUGAGGGAAGGAGCGGAGCGGCCGCGGCGGGACCCCGCGCUGAGGUAACGGCGGGGUUUGGGGCCGGGCGAAGCGGUCGGGGUUUUCCUUCAAGGAUGUCGCGCUUUCUGCCCCUACAGCGCUAGUAAAAGGCAGGGACGCCCGGUAGGGGGGGCGGCCAUGAGGCGUUCUUCGGGCGGAGGAACGAGCUGAGCUGAGCUGAGGGGCUGCGGUGGCGCCGCGCAUCCCCCGGGGGCCGGGAGGUGCUGCUCCCACCUGCACGCUUCCCCCUCGCUUCGUGGCGUGCGGGAGGGGGAUGGCGGCCCUUCGUUCUCUCAGCGCUGCCCUGGGGAGCGGCAGGGGAUGCCCGGCCCUCCUCGCUGCCCCAGCCGGGUGGGACGCACACCUGCCCUUUCCUUCCCCGGGGUGCCGAGCCCGUCCUGUGCGGUGCAGCGGAGAGCCAGAAGGAAGGAGCGCUCCUUCUGUGCUUAUACCGUCGCCUCUCCUGCCUUUGCGGCAGGAAGCCGGGAGGAUGCGUUUGGCUCUGCGUGUGCGCUUCUUCCUUCUGCCUUGAAAGCACGGCGAGGAUCCGAGCGGAUCCGGCGCUGGGGGUGGUUGUUCGCUCCCCCUUCGCUUCCCUGAGCUCGGUGUGAGCUCCUGAGGAGGUGCUGCAGCUGUCCAUGGGGACCCGUGAGCACCCCGACCAGAGGGUGAUGGAAUAGCCCAGGUUGGGAGGCACCAGAAGGAUAGAACCGUAGAAUGGCUUGAGUUGGAAGGGACCCUUAAAGGCCAUCUGUCCCACUCCCUGCACUGAACAGGGACACCCACAGCUCCAUCAGCACUCACAGCCCCAUCCAGCCUGACCUUGGCUGUCUCCAAGGAUGGGGCACCACCACCUCUCUGUGCAGCUUGUUACAGUGCUUCACUAUCCUUACUGUAAAAAAACCUUUCUUACAUCCCAUCCAAAUCUCCCCUCUUUUAGUAUGAAACCGUUUCCCAUAUUAGUGUAACAUCCAAAAAUGGAAGGGAACCCCGAGGAUUAUCAGGUCUGACUCUUGGCUCCCCACAGGUCCACUCAGAAUCGGGUGGGGGUUGGCCUUUUUUCCCAGGUAAUUAGCAAUAGGAUGAGAGGUGAUGGCCUCAGGUUGUACCAGGAGAGGUUCAGGUUGGAUAUAAGGAAAAAUUUCUCCUUGGAAAGAGUGUUGAUGCAGUGGCACAGCUGCCCAGGGAGGUGGUGGGGUCACCGUCCAUGGAGGUGUUCCAGAAUUGCAGAGAUGUGGCUACGAGGGACGUGGGCAGUGGGCACGGUUGGGGUGGGCUGAGGUUGGACUGGGUGACCUUAGAGGUCUUUUCCAACCUGAAUGUUCAAUGUAUGGUUGAGGGCAGAAAGGAUUUCUUCUGGGAGCGGAUCGCGGGGACCUGGCCUCAGCGCAAAGCAACCAUGGGGAGGGGUGUCAGCAUGUGUGCCCUUCCUCCCCUGUGGCCUCCUCACUGGCACAGAGGAUGUGGGAGCUACCUGACAGAGGAAGAAUGUAACCUGGCUGCUGUUCUAUCAGGAUGGAGUCAAUUGUGUGGGAAUGUGGUUAAACAUCUUAGUACUGUAACCUAAUGCAUGGUGGUAAAGCAAGAUGCCUCAUAGGUCUGUCUCAAAUGCAUCGUCUUCAGGGCUGAGCUAACAAUGCUGUACACUGAGAAUUACCCAGUUUUGAAGAACAUAAACCAGGACUGCAAAUACUGCUAUUGAAGCAAACUCAGGAGGUGGGAGAAGAGUUGAAAGAGCUUUCUGGCUGGGCUCAGGAACUGGCCCCAUUCACAGCGUGGAAGGAUGGCUGUUAGCUGGAUGUUCUGCUGCUUUUGGCUUUUGGAUGUUUUGGUAGGCUGCACAAGAGGGCACAGUUUAUUUUCUUGUGAGCCCAUCAUCCUGCGGAUGUGCCAGGAUCUGCCUUACAACACCACCUUCAUGCCUAACCUUCUGAAUCACUAUGACCAGCAGACAGCAGCAUUAGCAAUGGAGCCAUUUCAUCCGAUGGUGAAUUUGGAAUGUUCCAGAGAUUUUCGACCAUUUCUAUGUGCCCUCUACGCUCCCGUGUGCAUGGAGUAUGGCCGUGUCACUCUCCCAUGCCGCAGACUCUGUCAAAGAGCAUACAGUGAAUGCUCCAAACUCAUGGAGAUGUUUGGAGUUUCUUGGCCUGAGGAUAUGGAGUGUACCAGAUUCCCGGAUUGUGAUGAGCCAUAUCCUCGUCUUGUUGACCUCAGUUUGGGUGGGGAGCCCACAGAAGAGGCCCCCAUGGCAGUGCAGAGGGAUUAUGGUUUUUGGUGUCCUCGAGAGUUGAAAAUAGACCCUGAUCUGGGUUACUCUUUCCUGAGGGUACGGGACUGUUCCCCUCCUUGCCCAAAUAUGUACUUCCGGCGUGAAGAGCUCUCCUUUGCUCGCUACUUCAUCGGAGUGAUCUCCAUCGUCUGCCUUUCUGCUACCUUGUUUACUUUUUUAACUUUUCUGAUCGAUGUCACAAGAUUUCGCUAUCCAGAAAGACCGAUAAUAUUUUACGCUGUCUGUUACAUGAUGGUGUCAUUAAUCUUCUUCAUUGGCUUUCUGCUUGAAGACCGAGUAGCGUGUAAUGCGUCUAGUCCUGCCCAGUACAAGGCUUCUACAGUGACACAGGGCUCUCACAACAAAGCCUGUACCAUGCUUUUCAUGGUGCUCUAUUUCUUUACCAUGGCUGGCAGUGUUUGGUGGGUCAUUCUUACCAUCACGUGGUUCUUGGCAGCUGUGCCAAAAUGGGGCAGUGAAGCAAUCGAGAAGAAAGCAUUGCUCUUCCACGCCAGUGCCUGGGGCAUUCCAGGAACUCUAACCAUCGUCCUCUUAGCAAUGAAUAAAAUUGAAGGUGACAAUAUUAGCGGCGUAUGUUUUGUUGGCCUCUAUGAUGUGGAUGCAUUAAGAUACUUUGUACUUGCACCCCUCUGCCUGUAUGUUGUUGUUGGAGUUUCCCUUCUGCUAGCUGGCAUUAUCUCUCUCAAUCGGGUUCGCAUUGAAAUCCCAUUAGAAAAAGAGAACCAGGACAAGCUAGUGAAGUUCAUGAUCCGGAUUGGCGUGUUCAGUGUUCUGUACCUCGUGCCACUGUUGGUUGUAAUUGGCUGCUAUUUCUAUGAGCAGGCUUAUCGAGGUGUGUGGGAGACGACGUGGAUUCAAGAACGCUGCAGGGAAUAUCACAUCCCGUGUCCCUACCAGGUCACUCAGAUGAGUCGUCCAGAUCUGAUCCUCUUCCUCAUGAAAUAUCUCAUGGCUUUAGUAGUUGGGAUACCCUCUGUCUUCUGGGUUGGAAGCAAAAAGACCUGUUUUGAGUGGGCCAGCUUUUUCCAUGGACGCAGGAAAAAAGAAGUUGUCAAUGAGAGCCGUCAGGUGCUGCAAGAGCCAGAUUUCGCUCAGUCUCUUCUGCGGGAUCCCAACACGCCCAUCAUCCGCAAGUCCAGGGGCACCUCCACCCAGGGCACCUCCACCCACGCCUCCUCCACCCAGCUGGCCAUGCUGGACGACCAGAGGAGCAAGGCAGGCAGCGUGCACAGCAAAGUGAGCAGCUACCAUGGCAGCCUGCACCGCUCACGCGACGGCCGGUACACCCCCUGCAGCUACAGAGGCAUAGAGGAAAGACUACCUCACGGCAGCAUGUCCCGGCUCACCGACCACUCCCGGCACAGCAGCUCCCAUCGGCUCAACGAGCAGUCGCGCCACAGCAGCAUCAGGGACCUGAGCAGCAACCCCCUGACACACAUCACGCACGGCACCAGCAUGAACCGCGUCAUCGAGGAGGACGGGACCAGCGCUUGACCCUCGCGGCGCUGCUCGGUAUUACUGCCUCUGGGCAGCUGCUGCUUUUGUGCACCAGGAAGCCGAGGCCGGCUUCUCCGUUCUGAAGCCACCGUUCUCAUGCCUGCAUCAGAGCUAGCGUUCAGCAAGCUUGAGUCACUGAGCGCCAAGCUGCUUGCCUCGUUUGGGCCUCUCUGUAGGUAAUUAUUUAUUUGAUAACUGUUAUUUACCCAUCAGCCACCGUUGCUGAAUUCCUUAUUCUCGAAGAAAAACCUUCCCCUCCCUCCGACGCGUCUUCACAUCAGCAGGUGCCACCACGGACAGCUCACUGGCGGUCACACCGACGUGUUUUCUAAUGGGCAUAAGGAAACCUUUGGAUACUGAAGGAAUUCCUCCACGUCUCUGACCCGAUAACAAACCGAUCCUUGACUUCACAGAGGGAGGGGCCCACACUCAGUGCUGUACAAAGGACGUCUGGGAGGCAGUGGCGGCGUUUGUAACAGAUAACACUGGAAAUGCAACAGAGGAACAGCGUUUGGGAGGAGAGAGGAGAUGGCUGAGGAUCACCAGCUCCUCUCAGGGCUGCUCAGGCUCAGCUGUGGGGAUGGGUGGAGGGAGGGGGAGGAAGGAGGCAAGGAAGGGCGCUUUUUGUAUAACUUGCAUUGUCCUUGCUUUUUUUUUUUUUUUUUUUACAAAAUACUAUUUAAAUUUUCUACUUGUUUACAAUUUAUGUAGGAAGAGAGGAAUUUUAAAACCAGUUAUCUAGAUAAUAUUCAGCCACUUAUUUUUAGAUUAAUGUACAAAAGCUGAGAUCGCCCAUUCCUGAUCUAUUUAAAGAUGGAAAGAGGUGAAUUCAUCCCCCGCACCGGGAUGGGCAGCCUUCUCCUCACCAGCAGAACAAACUGCUGACCGACCCGCCGAGCAGGUGAGGAAGGCUGGGACCGAAAUGGCUGCGAGGAGCUCUGUCGGGGCUGGGCUGUGUUCCUGGGGCUUUGCUCUGCACUGAGCAAGUCGGGCACUGGGGCACAGAGCUGAGCCCCGACCCGCUGCCUUGCUGCUGGAGGAGCAGGCAGGUAUCUGUGCUUUCGUGAUCAACUUCUACUCCAGGUUGUUUUCUUUUCAUUCCCUACCAUAGGUUCACAGCAGAGAAUUCUCAGUUUGGGCUUUUUUGGUGUGUGAAUGGUUUGUAGGGUACAGCAGGUCUUUGCUGGCACAGCAGGCAGAAGUCAGGGUGCGUUCCUGAUGGCACAGUUGAUCUUUGGAGGCGUCUGCUGUCAGAUCCGCUCAGCGCGAGCAGCGCUGGCUGCACCUAAACCUACCUCAGUAAUGACUGCAGAUCUCUGCUGGGAUACAAAUGCCUGUUUUCUCAUUGUCCUUACAUAAUUCCCUCCUUCACCCGCUGAAGGCACAUUGAAAAGCCUCUGUAUGUGUUUAGAAGGCACAGCCUCGAGGGCAGCAACAGGGCAACAAGCGCCAUGCACACUGCAGAGACUGAGCAGCGCUGCGAUGACUCACGUUAAUUGCAGCUGAUGACACAACAGCAGAGCACGUAGCCGUGCGCUCUUUGAAAUCACAGGUUGCUCUGGGACUCAUGGUGGCUUUUAGAAAUACACUUACUAACUCCUUGCUUCAAAGGGAGGAUAGCUUUUGGAAUCUGAACCUGCAAAAGAAGCCAAAUAUCUGAGUUCUUGUAAACACUGAACUGCUGAAAGUCAAGUGUUAAUGUUGAUCUCCUUGGCUGAAUUUCCAGUGCUCCUUUCUUGUUAAUUGCAGGAGUGCUUUGACUUGCUUAGAGGCAGGGAGGGGAGUGGGGGAGGCCUGAAGUACAUCCUCCCAGAAAUUAGCUAAUUUGUGAGGUUUAAUCCCCGUGUUGUUUCCAGGUGGGGUAUUUAAGCAGUCCCUUGCUGAUAUACUGCAUACACAUGGAUGGAGAGUGCUCUCGUCACCCAGAAAAGUAAUUAAGAUGGAAAAACUUGGGCUUUUUGUCACCCCUCCCUCUGUAACCCCAAACCCUUCCUUUUAUCUUCCUAACUUGAACCAACAUGCUGCUCCUGCACAGCAUUCCUCCUCCCUGGGACUCAGAGACCUUCUUCCCAGCAGCCUGUUUCAGGGGGAAGAUGGCCUCACUCUGGAUGCACUUGUAGGGCUGAGGCUGCCAAACCUUUGCAUCUCAGGGUGUGGAAGAUUUCUGGGUGACCUGGGCACAUUUAGGUGGUGCUUUCCUGUUGGCGCCCCCCACUCCCAUCAUGGAAUUGUGAGUCAACGCUGUGCUUGUGCUGCAUGGAAAGGCAGCGUGGAUCCCCCUCCAUAUCGGGUCUUCAGGGGUAAUCUUUUGAGGAGCCUAAAAGCCAAACUGCAGCAAAAAGCCUCAGUUGUCUGUAAAUCCCUCUGCUCUCAAGUGCUCUGCAUUUUCUUAGCGCCUAGACCUCAGCUUAGCAGCACAGGCUUCAGCUAUUGGCUGUACAAACAGCAUCCAAGGACAGAUGAGCAGCACCUGCUGCAUCAGUGCCUGCACCCCUGUGCUAAAUCCAGAUGGAAGCAGGGCACGCGCUGCCAGGUGCUCCCGACCCAGGGGCUGCAGGAGGAGCCCACAGCUCAGCAAGGUGCUUGCAGCAGAGCACCUCAAAGCAGCAACAAUGGGAAGUGGGCGCCCGGGCUGCAGAGCAUCCCCACGUGCUUCAGCCCUAACGACCGAAUGUAGACUUGAAUGUGAAAUUCCCCUCCUAUGCCAAUGUUUUUUAAACAGAUCGGGGUUCGUUCUGGCACACGGCGGGAUGUUCUGUGUGCAUUCUGCCCAUAGCGAGCAGCUGCUGGGCCGGGGUUGCUCAUCCCACGCUUACAUCGGGGCUGUACCUUCAUUUCUGCCUCCGUGCUCGGCCCGGUUCGCUCAGCUCUGCGUGGGCUCAGUUCCAGUAGUCCUGUGUCGCUUCGGUAACGUUUAAUUUUUAGCACUUUACCUGUGAGUGUACAAACUGGUUAUACUGUAGUGGGUGUACAUUUUCAUUUUAGACCUUUAAGAGUUUUUAAUAAAACCAUGUAAAAAUCCCGG